AUGUACAAUCCAUCACACUCAAUUGUUGUUGGAAAUAAACAGCCUCAGCCACCAACUUUGAAUGGAGGUGUACAUCCACAGUCGAAUUCAGUUGCACCGCCACCGCCACCACCGCAACAGCAACAGCAACAGCAACAACAACAACAACAACAACACCAAUAUCAGCAUCAGCAACAAGCCCAUGCAACGGGUCCAGGAAUGAUUGUCGCUGCCGCUCAAGCUACUGCUAACCAACAAGCAGCAGCAGCAGCAGCUCAGGCUCAGGCCCAGGCUCAGGCUCAAGCUCAAGCUCAGGCUCAAGCUCAAGCUCAAGCUCAAGCUCAAGCUCAAGCCCAAGCUCAACAAGCCCAACAAGCCCAACAAUCUUCUCAAGGAAACCCCGCCACCAAUGCUCUUAGCGAAACAACAGCAUCCACCUGGUUAGCAAUUGGAUCUUUGGCUGAAAGUUUGGGAGAUUUCGACCGUGCAUUGUCUGCUUAUGACUCAGCAUUGAGACACUCUCCAAAUAACCCAGAUGUAUUGACCAAACUAGCCAAUGUUUACCGUUCAAAGGAUGUGUUUUUUAAAGCAGCAGAGUUGUAUGAACAAGCCCUUAAUUUUAACCCGGAAAAUGGUGAAACUUGGGGAUUAUUAGGACAUUGUUAUUUAAUGUUGGAUGAUUUGCAAAGAGCAUAUGCUGCUUAUCAACGUGCAUUGUAUUACUUGGAAAACCCCAAUGUACCGAAAUUAUGGCAUGGUAUUGGUAUCCUUUAUGACCGAUACGGCUCAUUGGAGUAUGCCGAAGAGGCGUUUGUUCGUGUGUUGGAAUUGGAUCCAAAUUUCGAAAAAGCCACCGAAAUUUAUUUCCGGUUGGGUAUUAUCUACAAACACCAGGGUAAGUUACAACCGGCAUUGGAAUGUUUCCAAUACAUUUUGAAUAAUCCACCACCACCAUUGACCCAACCUGAUGUUUGGUUUCAAAUUGGAUCUGUAUUGGAACAACAAAAGGAUUGGAAUGGGGCUAAAGAAGCUUACGAAAAAGUGCUACAAGUUAAUCCACAACAUGCCAAAGUAUUGCAACAGUUGGGUUGUCUUUACUCACAAGCUGAGCUGAAUCCACCUACUCCAGGGCAAAGCAACGGGUCCCAUCACCAUGAACCUUUCCAACAGGACUUGAAUAUUGCAUUGAAAUAUUUGACUCAAUCAUUGGAAAUCGAUCCUAGUGAUGCCCACUCUUGGUAUUACUUAGGAAGAGUUCACAUGAUAAGAGGUGAUUUCAAUGCAGCAUAUGAAGCUUUCCAACAAGCUGUUAAUCGUGACUCAAGAAAUCCAACCUUUUGGUGCUCUAUUGGUGUUUUAUACUACCAAAUCAGUCAAUAUCGUGAUGCGUUGGAUGCCUAUACCAGAGCCAUAAGGUUGAAUCCUUAUAUCAGUGAAGUUUGGUAUGAUUUGGGUACUUUGUAUGAAACAUGCAAUAAUCAAAUUAGUGAUGCAUUAGAUGCGUAUAGACAAGCAGAGAGAUUAGACCCCGGAAAUCCUCAUAUAAAGGCAAGAUUAGACCAAUUAAUCAAGUAUCAACAAGAAGGUAACACUCAUGCUCCUCAACCACCCCCAUCUAUUCAACAACCAAGAUUGCCUCAAGGCAUGGUUUUGGAAAGUAGCCAACAAUCAGACCAAGGAGCACAGCCAGCACAACAAGGCCAGCAAUUGCAAGGUGGUCCAGCUCCAGGACAGCCUUUUGGACAUCAACAACCGCAGCAGCAGCUCCACCAACCACCACCGCCACCACAACAACAACCGCAGCAGCAACAACCGCAGCAGCAACAACAACAUCAUCAGUUCUCCCCACAAAAUCCACCACAACAGAACAAUGGCGGUCCAGCCCCUCCACAAUUGGCGGCAAAUCAACCAGGAUCCCAAUUGCCAGCUCCUCCACCUCACCAACAGUUGCCUCCGUACCAGCAAGGGCAACCAGGAACUGCAGCCGGUCUUUCUCAGUAUCAAAGUUCGAAUCCGAACCAUCAACAGCAACCACCACAUCAGCAGAUAGCAAUAUCUCAACAACAAGCUCCAUCUCAGUUUGGGAACCAACCGCCACACCAACCACCACCGCCAAUUCAAGUUAGCCACAACGAGCUGUCGCAACCAAGUCCUGCCUUGCCUGCUUUAAACAACUCCAGUCCGUCCAGUGUUGCAAACAUUGACGCAAAGUUACCUACCGAAUCCAAGCCAAAGGAAGCAAAGAGAACACCAAAAGCUAGUAGUGCUUCGUUAAGUGCUGAAGAUCUGAAGAAAGAGUCCAAGCAUACAAGCUCUCCUCAAGUUGCCAAACCUGAAGUUUCUGCACCACAAGUGCAACAAGAGACUCCCGUACCAACUCCACGUUCAGAAAAACCAGCUGUGAUGGUUGCAGCUCUGAAGGAAAAGGAGCCAACUCCGGAAGCAUCAAAAGAAGCAGUGCAACUGAAAACUGAACCGGAAGUGGCAGAAAGCAAACCAGAAUCGCAACCAGCACCAACUGGACUGGCCUCUGUUCCGACUCCAUCGGCAGAAGCAGUUGCCUCUCCAGGCAAGAGUCAAACAGGCUCUCCCACUAUGCAGAAUAACGGGAAGCACGACUUGGACGAUAAGGAUGAUUCCGAAAAGGCAGUAAAAAAGCAGAAUGUAUCAGAUCCAAAAGCAUCUGCCAAUACCGAAUCAAAGCAAGACAACAAGAAUGAAGAGCCACCGAAACCUAUACAAGAAGAGGUCAAGGUAGUGUCUUCCCAUUCAAGCACCGAAGUCCCUAAUGCUUCAGUCCAACAACCAAAUCCUGGAACCCCUGCCUCUGCUAGUGUACCACCAGUACCUGCUGAAGUUCAAGCAGUACCUCGAUUUUCAAGCAAUGUGACUGGGAAAGAGGAGGAGAAACAGGGUGGUGAUGAAAACCCAAAUGACCCCGAUGAUGUAGUAUCUGGAGCUAUACCCGCUGGUACUAAAGAUAAAAAUGAUCGCGAUGGCGAUGGUAAACCAGUUGAACAAGAUCAUCAUCAUGCCGGUGAGACAUCAGCCAAGGAAGAAAAACAUGAAGGGGAAUUAAAGAAAUCAGAAGGCAAUGAUGAAGGAAAAAAGGUGGAGGAUGGUGAAGAAAAGAAGGGGGAAUCUCAACCUGCUGAGCCGGUUGUCGACACUUCUAAGAAGGAAGAUACAGAAGUUACAGGGGGUAAGGCUGGGGAUGAAGAUGAAGAUGUUAAAACUGCGGCUGCUGCUGACGCACAGAAAGAGGAAGAUGUCGAGCCUCCAAUGAGACAGGUAGAGGAGGACGAGAAUUAUGACGAUGAAUAG